GGCGUGCACGGAACUUUUGCUGUGGUCACAUCUCAUAUUUGUUUGAUAUUUCUUCUUCGCUUGGGUUGCUAAAAUCAGCCUUCUGUCCGCCUGGACGGCAAAAGGACAGCACGUCUUUCGGACAUGGCGCUGGACAGGAGACUGGACCUGCUGCUCGGACUUGUCCUGUUUGUGCAGUGUGUGCACGACGCGGGAGCCCAGCUCGCAGACUGGACCGGCGUUCCCUACUCAUUCGGACAAGACGGGCAGGACGUGCAGGUGGACAUGAAGACGUACACUCAGCGAUGGCGGAGAUGGCUUCCAAACAGUGCACGUAGCAUGGACACCAACAGGGCCAGUCAGGAGGAAGAGGAGGACGAGGAAGAGGAUGGCUUCCCAGGUCUGAUGUCGGCAGAGGACGCUGACAACAGCUCGCACAUUGAAGAGGACACAGACCACAACUACUACACAUCCAAAAGAUACGGGCCAUCCGACCCCAUGAGCAAAGGCUUGUGGGUGAACAUUGAGCAGAUGGACAAAGAGAAAGUGAAGAUUCACGGAAUUCUGUCCAACACGCACAGACAAGCAGCGAGAGUCAAUUUGUCCUUCGAUUUCCCUUUUUAUGGACAUCUCCUGCGUGAAAUCACCGUGGCAACUGGUGGGUUCAUCUACACAGGCGACGUGGUGCACCGUAUGCUAACCGCCACACAAUACAUUGCUCCUCUUAUGGCCAACUUUGACCCCAGUGUGUCCAGAAACUCUACCGUCAUAUACUUUGACAAUGGUACUUCUCUGGUGGUGCAGUGGGACCAUGUCCACCUUCAGGACAACUACAACCUGGGUAGCUUCACCUUCCAGGCCACGCUGCACGACAGCGGUCGCAUUGUCUUCGCUUACAAAGAGAUCCCCAUCGAGGUGUCACAGAUCAGCUCCGUCAAUCACCCGGUGAAGGUGGGCCUCUCCGACGCCUUCGUGGUGCUCCACAAAAUCCAGCAGAUACCCAACGUGAGGCGGAGAACCAUCUACGAGUACCACCGCGUGGAGCUGACCAAACUCAAGAUCACCAACGCCACGGCCGUGGAAAUGACACCUCUCCCCACGUGUCUUCAGUUCAGCACGUGUGGAGCGUGCAUCUCCUCGCAGAUUAACUUCAACUGUAGCUGGUGCCAUCGACUCAACAGAUGUUCCAGUGGAUUUGACCGCCAUCGGCAGGACUGGGUAGACCAUAGCUGUCCAGAUGAGACGAAGGACAAGAUGUGUGACAUUAUUGACACCACGUACCUCUACCCCAAAACCACCUCCAUUGCUGCCAAAACCACACCGGGGAGCAAAGACGCCCCACCCUCCAGCUCACAGCCUCCCACCAGCGCCCCCACUGAAGACGAUACGAAGAUCGCGCUGCACCUUCGAGAAAACCAAGUGAUGCCAGUGGACAGCAUGGCAGACAGGAAGACGGGCACACAUCCCCUGCACACAGGUUUGAUUCUGGGGGUCCUCCUGGUGAUGCUGAUCCUGGUGGUGGGCGUGCUGGUCUACAUCUACCAUCACCCCACCUCGGCCGCCAGCCUCUUCCUCAUGGAGAGACGACCCAGCAGGUGGCCAGCCAUGAAGUUCCGUCGGGGUUCGGGUCGUCCGGCGUAUGCGGAGGUGGAGCCUGCGGGUCAGGAGAAGGAGGGCUUCAUCGUUUGUGAGCAAUGCUGAGGGAUCGCAUUCCCACUGCCACGCCACCCCCCUAUUUUAUUUUUCCAAUUUAGCCCUCCUCAUUAUGAUUGAGGACUUGCUCCUGAACCUGAACCUGGACCUGGUCCUAAACAAGGAAAGGGACCUGGACAUGCACAUGACAAGGAACUUCUUGUAGCAUGGAACUAAGGGUUUUUUGGGGGGGUGGGGUGCUGUCAUUGCCAUGGAGAUGUGAUGAUCCCGCCAACGUCCUUCUUUGUCUGUUUACUGUCCCCUACUGCUUUUAAAGAGAACUGCAGGCUGGACUAACUUUCUGCAGUGUUGGAGCACAAAGUCCAAAUGUAAAAAAAAUGUUUUAGUCCUUUGAAACAUAAUCUUCUUUAUUCUUACUUUUGGCAUUUUUUGCUUUAGGAGUUUGCACUUUUUUCCAGGUGGUACUAAUGCAACUUGACAAGACAGGCGCUCGUGUGUGUGUGUGUGUGUGUGUGUGUGUGUGUGUGUGUGUGUGCAAUGAAUUUAUUUUCCAAGUGUGUGUGUCUGUGUGUGAGAUGAAUUUAUUUUCUAGGUGUGUGUGUGUGUGUGUGAAUGGACAAAGACACAAAAAGACAGUUUGCUUGAAUUGUAACUAGGCAGGAAACAGCUGGUGCGUUUCUUUGAAUGAAGCAUUGGUGUGCUCA